AUGGACCGCACUGGCGUCGUGCUUCUCGCACUCGCCGCAGUCAUCGUGACCUGUGGCCCGUUGAGUUGCGUGAUUUUCGCGAAAAUACGCCGGCAUCGCAAGUCUCAUCCGGGUCUCCGACAACUCGCCAAUGCGCGCAACCAGCUCACGGCCGUGGGAGGCUGCAGCAACAGCCUGGGCGCCGAGAGGUUGGCGGGAAGCGGGUGGGGGACGCUGGGAGACAGGAGCACCACCACCGCCAGUGGCAUCGGUGUUGGAGUCUGCGUCGGAACAGACGGCGUCCUCGUCGAAUCGGGUACACCUCAGGGAGCCAAUUCUUCUUGCGGUCUUCCCUCCGGCCGGACGGCUUGGUCUCGCAUCGUCUACUUGGCGGUCUGGUCAAGCCGACCGAAUGACCUGCUCGAUUGGGGUGAAUCCCCGAGGCGGCAGAAGACGUGCCAACCCGCUGGAGAUCAGACAGGUGAUGCCUUCAAUCCCAUUUGCCUCGGGUCGCUCUCAUCCUCUGACACCAAUAUUGAUCAUCAGCUGAACACACCGUGCCCUGGUCGCAAGCUGGGUCUGCUGAGGAAAAUCGCCUUGGGCGAAGGCGUGAGGAUGACGAUAUCACUGCCGCGCCUCUUCCGCCUCUCAGUCCGAAACGGAUGA